AUGGCCGGCAAGGAGCAUCGGAAGUCGAAAACCGGCAAGAAGGCGGAGAAGCGGAAAGCAGCUGACAAAAAGAAGCGGGGUGUCACGGAUGAACAGCGGAAGCAAAACCCCAAGGCGUUCGCCUUCCAGUCUGCAAACAAGGCCAAAGCCCAGCAAGCGCGCAGUGCGGAGAGGGAGCAGCGUCGAUUACACGCCCCCCUCCUGGACAAGGCAGCAGAGGAGCCGCCCCCCUUCGUGGUAUUGGUCCAGGGUCCUCCAGGGGUGGGCAAGUCAACGCUCAUCCGCUGCCUUGUGAAGCACUACACGCGGCAAAAUCUGUCGGACGUGCGCGGGCCUAUCACCGUGGUAGCGGGCAAGAAGCGCCGCAUCACGCUAGUAGAAUGCCCGUCGGACUUGUGCGGCAUGAUGGACGCUGCUAAAUACGCAGAUCUGGUGCUGUUGCUGGUGGACGGAUCUUUCGGGUUUGAGAUGGAGACUUUCGAGUUCCUGAACCUGCUGCAGGUUCACGGCUUUCCCAAGGUAAUGGGCGUGUUGACCCAUCUGGACGGCUUCAGGGACGCCUCGAGGCUGAAGAAAACCAAGAAGAAGCUCAAGCAGCGCUUCUGGACGGAGAUCUACGACGGCGCGAAGCUCUUCUACCUGAGCGGCAUACAGCAUGGCAAGUACUUGAAGCGUGAGGUGCUCAACUUGGCGCGCUUCAUUUCGGUGAUGAAGCACCGGCCGCUCACUUGGCGCCUGGCGCACCCGUACACCCUUGUGGAUCGACUCGAGGAUGUGACUCCGCGGGAGCUGUUGCGCGCCAACCCCAAGUGUGACCGUGACGUCAUCUUGUACGGCUACCUACGUGGAACCAACAUGAAGCCCCAGCAGCGAGUGCACAUCGCGGGUGUGGGCGAUUUCACCAUUCAGGAGCUGGACUCGCUCCCGGACCCCUGCCCGCUGCCCGACACCGUCAAACGGCGUGGGCUGAAUGACAAGGAGCGACUGCUGUACGCCCCGAUGGCGGAUGUGGGCGGGCUGCUGUACGACAAGGACGCCGUCUACAUUGAUAUUCCUGACUGGAAGGUCCAGUACACGGGCGACUCUGGGCGCCCGGCGGACGAAGGAGAGGCCAUGGUGCGGCAGCUGCAGGCAGCGCAGCAACCCGUGGACGAGGCGCUCCGGCGCGGCAAGAUCCGGCUGUUUCCUGGCAGCCGCGCGAUUGGGGAGGACGGCUCCACCGAGGGCGGCUAUGACGAGGAGUCUGAGUCUGGCCCGGAUGAUGAAGAUGAUGAUGAAGAUGAUGAUGACGGGAGCGACGACGUGGAGGACGGCCGCAUGCGGCGUGCGGCGCUGUUCGGCGACCAGGCGGUCCCGCUGCAGCAGUCGGAGGAGGACGCAUCUGAAGAUGAGGAGGACGACGCGGAGGAGGAGGAGGAGGGCAGCGAGGACCAGGAAGCAGGAGGCAGCGGGCGCCGGCAGCUGCAGCAGGCGAGCAAGCGGCGGAGGCUGUCCGAUGGCCGUGCGGUACCGUCGGGGUCGGAGGAGGAGGAGAAGGAGGACGAGGAGGAUGGGGGAGAUGGCGAUAGUGACGAAGAUGACGACUCGGAAGGCAUGGGCGCCGCGGCUCGCUGGAAGGCCGGUAUGGCCGCCCGCACAUCAGCCUUCUUCUCCGAGCGCGCGUCAGACCUGGCAGCGUUUGUGUACGGCAAGCGAGCGGUUGCGGACGCUGCCGGCGACGACGACUUUGAGGAGGCGGCCGACGGCGGGGCAAGGGCCAACGACGGCAAGGGCCUGGGCGACGUUGACGGCGACGAUGACGGCGGUGGUGGCAGCGAGGACACGUUGGACACUUGCCGCGUGCUGGCCCGGCCUGAAGCGCUGACCUCAUGGCGCGGUGAUGCGGGUGCCGAGACGCUGGCGGCGCUCCGAAACCGCUUCGUGACGGGCGACUGGGCGGAGGGGCAGCGGCGUGCGGAGGCGCGGCCUGCUGGCUCCGAUGGGGGAAGCGAUGGCGACGAGGGUGGCUCAGAUGACGAGGUGUUCGGCGAUUUCGAGGACUUGGAGACGGGGGAGAAGUUUGGAGAGAAAGGAGCGGCGGCAGGUGGAGACGCCGAUGGCGACGAGGACGGCGACGAGGGCGCGGGUGACGAAGAGACGUAUUACGAUGCGCUCAAGCGGGAGAUGGCGGCCCGCCAGGCCGCCACUCGCUCCCUCCUAGACGGCCUGGACCCCAUGACCCGUCUAGCCAUGGAGGGCCACCGGCCGGGGGCGUACGUGCGGAUUCGCUUCAUCGGCCUGCCAUGCGAGCUGGUGACGCACCAUGACCCGCGGCGGCCUUUGCUGAUUGGUGGGCUGGGUCAGGGGGAGGAGAAGCUGGGCAUGAUGCGGGUGCGCUUCAAGCGGCACCGCUGGUUCCCCAAGCUGCUCAAGUGUAGGGACCCGCUGGUGUUCUCGGUCGGCUGGCGCCGCUUUCAGAGCCUGCCGGUGUAUGCGACCGAGGACCACAACCGGCGGCUGCGAAUGCUCAAGUACAGCCCCGAGCACAUGCACUGCAUCGCAACGGUGUACGGGCCCCUGGCGCCGCCCAACAGCGGCGUGGCGGCGGUCCAGCGCCUGGACGGUCAGCUAGCGAGCUGGCGCAUCGCCGGCACCGGUGUCGUAACCGAGCUGGAUGCGGAUGUGCGGGUUGUGAAGAAGCUCAAACUGGUGGGAACCCCCUUCAAGAUCCAUCGGCACACCGCGUUUGUAGGCGGCAUGUUCAACAGUGCUCUGGAGGUAGCCAAGUUCGAGGGCGCAUCCGUGCGUACCGUGUCGGGCAUCCGGGGCACCAUCAAGAAGGCGCUUAGACCAGGGGUCGGCGGUUCCAAGGACGGCGCUUUCCGCGCCACCUUUGAGGACAAGCCCCUCCUGUCCGACAUCGUAUUCCUGCGCGCCUGGGUUGCGCUGGACCUGCCGCGCUUCUAUAACCCAGUCACCAAUCUUGAGGCGGAGAAAGGCGGCGGCGGUUGGGUUGGCGUGCGCACUGUUGCUGACCUGCGGCGUGCGCUGGGGGUGGGUGCCCCGCGCAGCUCCGACAGUUUGUACCGGAAGAUUGAGCGUGCGCCACGCAAGUUCAACCCACUCAAGGUGCCCAAGUCGCUACAGGCGGCGCUGCCCUUUAAGACGAAGCCAAAGCUGGAGCCGGCCCGGAAGCGGAAGACGCUCGAGCAGAAACGCGCGGUCGUUUUGGAGCCAGGCGAGAAGAAGGCGUACACACUGCUGCAGCAGCUCAACGCCAUCCGCAACGAGAAGGCGCGCAAGCGGCGUGAGCAGAGCGCACGUCGCCAUGAGCAGUAUGACAAGAAGAAGGCGGCCGAGGAGGAGUGGCGCACAAAGUACAACAAGGAGGAGCGCAAAAAGCGGUACCGCGAGGCCGGCCAGGUGGAGAAGCGACGGGAGCUGGGAGCGCAGGGCGGCAAAGCCGCGAAGGGUGCAAAGCGGCGGAAGGCGUCCACGGGAGACGAAUAG